UUUAUUUCAUUAUUUUUUUAACGAGGUUUCUGUUUCCAGUCGGACCACUUUUCUCGACGCACAACAACAAGCACUUCUCCCUUUAAACGAAUAGCUGGGGUUUUAAACACUUUGUUCAAAUAUACGAUUUAUUUACAGGUAAACGGAUAGAUGUCUGACUCCCAAGAACAUACUAAAACAGCUGAGGAGGAGCCUGAUACACCUGAACACGAGGUCGAGUCUGACGACAGCAGUGAGGAGGGAGACGCUUCUGGAGACACUGAAAUGGAUUUCUUGCGCAGUCUCUUCUCUCGGACACUUGGCCUGAGCCCCGGAGAGAAAGUGCUUGAUGAACUGAGCCUUGACGGAGUUGCUCGUUAUAUACUGAGUGGUAAAUGCAAGAAUAUUAUCUGUAUGGUGGGUGCGGGAAUAUCAACCUCGGCCGGCAUCCCUGACUUCCGCUCUCCCGGAACUGGCCUCUAUUCCAAUCUGCAGAAGUACAACCUUCCGUACCCAGAGGCCAUCUUCCAGAUCGACUACUUCAAGAAACAUCCAGAACCUUUCUUUGCUUUGGCCAGAGAGCUGUAUCCAGGACAGUUCAAGCCCACCGUGUGUCAUUACUUCAUGAGGAUGCUAAAGGAUAGAGGCCUUCUCAAACGCUGCUAUUCACAGAACAUUGAUACGUUAGAGAGAGUGGCAGGACUGGAAGGAGAGGACCUGAUCGAAGCCCAUGGAACCUUUCACACGUCACACUGUGUGAGUUUUCUCUGCCGGAAGGAGUACAGCAUGGAGUGGAUGAAAGACAAGAUCUUCGCUGAAGACAUUCCUAAGUGUGAAGCCUGCAACAGUCUGGUCAAACCUGAUAUCGUGUUCUUUGGUGAGAAUCUGCCAGCUCGAUUCUUCAGCUCAAUGAAAAAGGAUUUUCCUCAGUGCGAUCUUCUUAUCAUCAUGGGCACGUCUCUGCAGGUUCAACCUUUUGCGUCUCUCGUCAGCAGAGUUCCCAACAGCUGUCCUCGACUCCUCAUCAACAUGGAGAAGACAGGACAGUCGGAUUUCGCACUGGGCUUGCUGGGAUUCGGAGGAGGAAUGGAUUUCGAUUCGGAUAAAGCCUACAGGGAUGUUGCACAUUUGAGUACGUGUGAUGACGGUUGCUUGGCUCUAGCAGAGCUGCUGGGAUGGAAGGGUGAUCUCGAGGAGCUGGUGAAGCGUGAGCAUGCUCUCAUUGACAGCAAAGAUGCGAAAAAGAAAGGCGCGCAGACGAAUCAGAGCUCUGCGGCCUCGGAGAAAGGCGUCAAAAACACAGACACUGAGAAUGCAAAGUAAUCACUCUGAGUGGGAAGUUAAACGCCGGUCCAUUUACGAUAGUUUCUCAAAGACUCUCUGUACCUCGUCUUUCUGUCUCUGAAAUUUUUUGUCAUACUAGAUAUACACCAAUCAGGCAUAACAUUAUGAGCACUGCCAGGUGAAGUGAAUAACACUGAUGAUCUCCUCAUCAUGGCACCUGUUAGUGGGUGGGAUAUAUUAGGCAGCAAGUGAACAUUUUGUCCUCAAAGUUGAAGCAGGAAAAAUGGACAAGGGUAAGGAUUUGAGCGAGUUUGACAAGAGCCACAUUGUGAUGGCUAGACCACUGGAUCAGAGCAUCUCCAAAACUGCAACUGCAGCUCCGGGUGUUCCGGUCUGCUUUGGUCAAAGUAUCCUUUAAGUCCUGUAAGUUGAGAGGUGGGGCACAUGGAGACCCCACCUCGCAACUUACAGGACUUAAAGGAUCUGCUGCUAUCAUCUUGGUGCCAGAUACCACAGCACACCUUCAGGCCUCCAUGCCUCGAUGGGUCAGGACUGUUUUGGCAGCACAAGGGGAAAUAGCAGGUGGUCAUAAUGUUAUGCCUGAUCGGUGUACAACGGGCUUAAAACUUCACUCCUCCAUGGAUAUUUAUAUCAUGGCAAAUUAAGAACACUAGAGGCCCAGAGCAGCAAUAUUCAUCACGUAAGCUAUUAAUCGUACUGUACGCACUGAGGCGAGACAGACGCAGGUGACAGAGAAGCCGACAUGACCGGUUCACCAUAAUCCUGACUUGCAUAAGGCUUUUAACAACCAUAUGUCUUUUUUUUUUUCUUUUUUUUUUUUUUUAAAUUAAGGAUUAGUUAUGCAUAACCUUCUGUGAUGGAAAUGGUAUUAUAUUUACAGAAGGUUGUUUACUUCGGUAUCUUGACAGAUGAGCUGCAUGUUUUAUUUGCAGAAGGUGCCAGAGGGAUUUAUUAAUGCUUAUGGAAAUCUGUAUACAGCCCUUACUAAGGCAAAAAGCUGUAACUGAUUGAUUAUAGAGUGGGGAAAAAAAUCAUUAAAUAAGUUCACUCGAUGUCCUGCCAAAUAAAUAGUAGCUGGAUGAUAUGAUAGAGCCGGUUUAAUGGUAAUCUGAUCAAGUUGACGGAUUUCUUUUGCCUUAGUAGGGCAUUGUAUUAGAAUCUGAUAUGUUUAACUUAAUUUGCUUUUUCUUUUCUUUUUUCUUUCAUUCUUUCUUUUUAAUAAUGUUUUUUUUUUUUUUUUUUGGAAAUGUUGGUGUGUUUCCUCUCUGUGCCAUGAUUAUGCAAGCAAAUUUUCAGCUUAUUUAACAAAAAAUAGUGCUGUCAUGUUUCAUGAAUCAUUUGUUGGAGAACCAGCAAGAAAUGGAAAUAAACACUGCAUAAAUGAU